AAAGGACACCGUUACACCGGAUCCCCAUCUCUCUGAUUUCCACGCGCAGUCUUCUUCGUCGGCAGAGGCGGUUUUAGCGGUGGCGCCACUCUUUUCUUCCGCCGUACACUGCAUCUCUAUCCUUCCCGUAGCCACCGCCAGCCGACAACAAUCACAUUCGCUCUCACACACAUAGUAACUAGGUUUUAGCCUGCGCAAAGUUUGUGGUUUCUUUUAUGAGCCGCAGAGAUCGGAUUUGGAUUUCGAGAGAUCCAGAAUCCACAAUUCUCAGCCGUUGAUCAUCCAGUCAACAACCUACAUAUAGACACGCCUUCCACCUGGACUUCCACAUCAUUCCUCUUGAAGUUUUCUUGCGCCAUGAAAGCAGGUUGGUCGUAGAAAUCAUCUAGGACACCGGACUGUAACUCGGAAAUUGUUGAAUUAUAGUCGUUUGUUUUCAGCAUUGGUUGAUGGGGACAGGGGAAGAGGGCACGCCUUCUAAAACUUCCAAGCCUCUCUCUUCAUCUCAGGACAUAGCUCCGGCACCUUCAUAUCCUGAUUGGUCAAGCUCAAUGCAGGCUUAUUAUGGUGCUGGUGCUACUCCACCUCCCUAUUUUGCGUCUACUGUUGCUUCUCCAACUCCCCACCCUUACAUUUGGGGAGGCCAGCAUCCUUUGAUGCCACCUUAUGGGACUCCAGUUCCUUAUCCAGCUAUAUAUCCUCCUGGGGGAGUUUAUGCCCACCCCAAUAUCACCGUGACUCCUGGCUCAGCACCAAUUAAUGCAGAAUAUGAAGGAAAGUCCCCGGAUGGAAAAGAAAGGGCCUCAAAAAAAUCCAAGGGCACGUCAGGAAAUACUGGUUCAGGUGGUGGUAGGACCGGAGAUAGUGGAAAGGUGGCUUCAAGUUCUGGAAAUGAUGGUGCUUCUCAAAGUGCUGAUAGUGGUACUGAGGGGUCAUCAGAAGGCAGUGACGAGAACGCUAACCAACAUGAAUUGUCUGCAAAUAAGAAGGGAAGCUUCAACCAGAUGCUGGCUGAUGGAGCCAAUGCACAAAACAACACGGGUGGACCAAAUGCCAAAUCUUCAGUAACUGGGAAACCCAUCACCUCCAUUCCUGGAACUAAUCUGAACAUGGGAAUGGAUUUGUGGAAUAACACCACGGGUGCUUCAGGGGCUGGAAAAGUGAGAGCGAAUGCCGUCUCCUCAGCCAUUGGUCCAACACCGAUGGUUGGUCGUGAUGGUGUGAUGCCUGAGCAAUGGGUUCAAGACGAACGUGAGCUGAAAAGGCAGAAAAGGAAGCAAUCUAACCGAGAGUCUGCCAGGAGGUCAAGAUUACGCAAGCAGGCGGAGUGUGAAGAAUUACAGGCGAGAGUGCAGACAUUGAACAACGAGAACCGUACUCUUAGGGAUGAGCUGCAGAGGCUCUCCGAGGAAUGUGAAAAGCUAACAUCAGAAAAUAGUUCCAUCAAGGAAGAAUUGACACGAUUUUGUGGACCAGAAGCAUUAGCCAACUUUGAAAAAGGAAUUGCUGCUCCUGCUGCCCAAUCUCGCGACGACGAGGGUAAGGACUAAGGACAUCAACUCUACACCAUUCAAAAGCUAUAUGGAUUCUGGACUGGGAAAGUGGGAACCAUAUUAACUCUGAUUUAUGAUCUUGUCGUAGGAGUAUAGGAAUCUAUUUUUCUGACGUAUACGCUUGGCCCUGUUUCAAUUGUAACAUUAUAAUUUUUUUUACUCAGCACCAUGGAAUCAGAUGGUGCAUAGGAUCAAUACUGUAGGGGAUUACAAAUACUUAUAUAACUUGUGAAAA